GUUUACAUUGGCGUCGGUGUCGCUGCUGGAAUUGUGUUAAUCCUUAUCGUCCUCGUUGUGGCCUACUAUAUAAUGAAGAGUAAAAAGUAAGUAUUAAUCUUUUUGUUGUUGUCUUUUUCGUGUUUCAUGCCUUCUUUCAGACUUUCUCUCAGGAAACGGAAAACGAGAAUAAAGCGUAGAAAGUGUCGCUGUUUUUUUUUUUCCGUCUUAGUUUGUUUACUUGUGUAGCUACUUGAGUUGAGACAGCUCACUUUCUCCUCUCACAACUGAGGUUGUUUGUAAGUUGCUACAGUUUUCUCUGGUUCAAAUUGUUUGUUUUCAAUUAAUUUCGACCAAUUUUUUUCUUUGAUUAACAGGAAGAGACUUACCUUGUUCUCGGUGUUUUAUGACCCCUCUAAUAAGGAAGGCUCACAAAUAAGGUACGUCAUUUCAAGAGUAACUCCUUUUUCCCCUCGUUGUACUGCUUCAAGUCAGUCAUGAUCGCCCUACUGUUGCUAAAUGAGUAGGCAUGUCAAGAAAACUUGAAGAAAGAUUUGUACAAAGGGUACCCUGCGAUGAACUAGAAAUUCCAUCUCGGGGAAGUGAUAAAACUCCUGGCCAUUCCGUGGACUAGGCUUUGAUAGAUAUAAGGCAGUUGGCUCUUAACUCCUAAACUUUUGCCAAUUUGACGUAUUUAUAAUGGCUGUCUCUGACAGGAAAGGCAAGAAGGAGAAAGGAGAAAUCGAAAUGGCUGAGGGUGUUGGAAACCCUGUGUAUGAUUCUUUCAAUGAAGGACAACCCCUGGAAGACGUAAGUGACUCUUGUGACAGAAAUGUUUUACUUAAUGGAGACUUUUAAAGAGGAUAAGUCCACGCACGUCUAGGUAUCGGAAAAUCCACUGGCUGGCUCCCUAUGCGCUGAUGUAAUGUCUUAUUGAAAUCUGGAUUUUUUUUUCUUUUUCGUUUUUUUGAGGGAGGAAAACUGUGUAACUCAAAAAAAGGCAAAACGAAAUAAAAGAAAAUGCAACCCACAUUCGACACAAAGUCUAGGAAUCGAAACUGAGCCACUAGGGUGGCAAGCAAGUGGUGUCACCUCGGUGCCUUCUUGGUCACAUUUAUUUUCACCAGGGUGGAGGUGUCUGAUUUACCCUGCAGGCUUCCUUGAAACUUUUUGAGCUGGCAGCAGCAUGAUGUGAGGAGAGGGUUACAGGGUUUGUUUUUACUUCAGAGGGAAGAUUCACUAAGUUCGUAAAUCACGGCGAUUAUUUGCAAUGUGUGCAACUGAAAAGUUUUCUUAUCGGUCUUCUUUUGUGAUCUUUAUAUCAGUUUCACAUGAGUGACGUGGAUACAAACAUGUUUGCCUCAGAUGACGCGUUUGGGAUUGCGGUGAGUAUUUUAGUUAAACAUGUCUUCCACUCCUCAAGUAUGGACUGACGGUACUGAAAAAUGACAUCUAUGUUUUCAAAGUACCGGGUUUCCCUAUUUAAUUAUCAUUUGAUCUAAAAGUAAAAACACAUACAGGAAUAGUUCAAAAGGAUAGAAAAAGCUUAUCCCCACACCCAACACUUAUCGCUACGAUUUAGCCUUCGAGUGAGACGUUUACAGUUCGAUCUGUUUCGACCUACAGUGGAACAUCCUUUCAGCAGACACCCUCUUUGAGUGGAGAAAGUGUCUUCUGAAUAGAGAUGUCCUUUUACUGAUGGUGACAGGUUCACUGGUAAUAGGACGCAAUUUUUUUUUCACCCUCAGCUACAGCUUGUUCCCAGAAAAGAGGAGUUCCUUCAUCUAAGCUAAGAAUUUCAAAGAUUAAAAAGGUUAAGAAAGCAUCUUUUUCCGACUCGGAACUAUAAAGGUUGCCCCCCCCCCUCCCUCCCCCUUGAAAACUAUUAAUGUGUCUCUCUCGUUCCUUUCUAGUCGGACAAGGAAGGAGCAACGUCCAUGGCAAACCCAUUGUAUCAAGAUCCUUACCUUGAAGAAGACCUAAACAAAUAUUGA